AUGUUGCCGAUGCGACGCAGACCGAGGGCGGACGGCAUAGUGCGGGGAUUUGGAAGCGCACGAAGGAGACGUCAGGAAUUUGGGGAGGCGGGUGUUGGCCUCGGGCACGAAAAAGCGGGCGGGAGAGAAGAGGAGUGGGAAGUGGGAAAGCGAAGGCUCGUCUGUCGACCACGACGGCGGAGAGGGGGAACAGUUGGACGAAGAGGGACGGAAAAAGAGGGGAUCAGUGAGGUGGUGAAUUGUGUACACGUGUUAGACAUGGUGAAGUAG